GUACCUCAAAGAGAGAGCGGUCAUCUUUAUUUUUUUAAACCAGAAGAUUCAGUGGAGUGAUUCAUCUUCUUCAUAGAGGAUCUCCUCUCCUCCAUCUAUAAGCCAACUGCUGUUAAAUACCACUCUGAUUUCUUACUCUUUACAUUGAUGCAUCUUCUGAUACUGGAGGUGUCAUUUUUUUUGUUUUACCCUGGACUAUUUUUUUUUGUCUUUUUCAAAUCUAACCUAUUUUUUUCUUUCUCAAAGGCGCAACAAUGUCUGAUGAUGAUUACCGGCCACCCCCCAUGACCCAAAAGGCAGAGGGAAAGCCCAAAUCCAAGAUUUCAGCCUCCCGCAGGCUAUCAUUGAAGAUCCUCUUGCUGACUCGUGCAACAGAAGCGCUGGAGGCCGAGAAGGCUGCCAGAGAGGAACAGAAGGUCCGCUACCUGGGAGAGAAGCUUCCACCGCUGCAGCUCAUUGGUUUAAACACGGAUGACCUGCAGAAAGUCUGUAAGCAGAUUCAUGAAAAUAUUGAUACGGUGGAUGAGGAGCGGUACGACUGUGAGGCCAAAGUCAUCAAGAACUACAGAGAUAUCAACGAAUUGAAGCUGAAGGUGGCGGACCUCGGAGGGAAGUUCAAGAAGCCGGCUCUGAGGAAGGUGAGAGUGUCGGCAGAUGAGAUGCUGAAAGCUCUCUUUGGAUCCAAAACCAAGGCCUCCAUGGACCUACGGGGAAACCUCAAGUCUGUCAAGAAAGAGGACAUCAAACAAGAGAAGGAGCUGACCAUGGAGGUGGGUGACUGGCGUAAGAACGUGGAAGCCAUGUCUGGUAUGGAGGGCAGGAAGAAGAUGUUUGCUGGGGAGUAAGAACCAAAUGAAAAUUGGUAUAAAACAUAUAAAUGAAUAGGUAAUGUAAGAAGAAAUGCUGCCGUUGUUUUGGCAGAAGUGUAAUAAUACACAUGACUUUCAAGUCACUGUAGUUUUUAUUCUGUUCUCAAGUAGACCAUUAAAACAGCAUUGUGAAUACACAGUAUAUUACUGCCUGAUAAUGCUGUUAUGUGAACGAAUACAUUAAAUUUGUACAUAUUGCC